CGAAUAUCUGCAAAUCCAUGACGCACCUAUCCGCAGGCGCCCAUACCGCGACCCACCGCUCUGCUAGUGCAACACAAGUGGCCCGCGCCGCCGUCGUCCCCCCGUCAUCUGAAUCGCUAGCGCCUCCGGUGUACGGCAGCCAUCAUGGGGAAAUCGCAAAGUAAAUUAUCCCCCGAACAACUUGCCGAUCUCCAGAAGCACACAUACUUCGAUAAGCGGGAGCUGCAGCAGUGGUAUAAGGGCUUCCUCAAGGACUGUCCCUCUGGCCAGCUGGACAAGGCCGAGUUUGGCCGAAUAUACAAGCAGUUCUUCCCCUUCGGCGACCCUGGCGAGUUCGCGGACUACGUAUUCAACGUCUUUGACGAAAACAAGAAUGGAACCAUCGACUUCAAAGAGUUCAUAUGCGCGUUGAGCGUCACGAGCAGAGGGAGGUUAGACGAGAAGCUCAAAUGGGCCUUCCAGCUCUAUGACAUCGACGGAGAUGGGUUCAUCACGUAUGACGAGAUGCUCAAGAUCGUCCAGUCCAUCUACAAGAUGACCGGACAAAUGGUCAAGCUGCCUGUAGAUGAGGAUACACCGGAAAAGCGCGUGGACAAAAUCUUCAGAAACAUGGACCGCGAUAAGGACGCAAAGCUGACCUACGACGAGUUCGUCGAGGGCAGUAAGCAAGACCCUACGAUUGUCCAGGCGUUAUCGUUGUACGACGGCCUCGUAUAGCGCAUCCACAGUGCCUGCCCCCUGCAUGCCGGUAGACCGCCCCGCUGCUACGGGCACCUGUAGCCACACACGACUCAUCUGCCUUCAUGGCGCGUUAUGGACACGCAUUGCUCUUUGGUCGCAUAAUGUUGUAGGAACAGGCUGUAUCUUGCUCUCACAUAGACGAUAUUGUACACUUAAUGGUUUACGGCUUUGGUGGCUGUGCAUGUGGCAGAAGAAAUACAUUCAAUUACAACAA